ACUAGGUGAAAUAUAGGUAUAUUUUAUUCACAUUUCACCUAUAUUUUCCAUUUCCCUUUCCAAAUUCCUCCCCAAAUCCCCCAACCAAACACAGCAUUAAUGAACGGUCAAAUCUAUGCCUGUACUUGGGGCUAGGAGAUUGAACAUUUUGUUUAUUCCAGAAUCUUCUUGUGUUUGAUUAUGUCUGAAUUUCAAUCUCAGAUAUGGGUAUAUGGGAACAGCUUUGAGUCUUUCCUUGUUGCUGUUGUAAACCCAAAUAAGCAAGUACUUGAACGUUGGGCUGAAGAAAAUGGUGUACCUGGGGAUUUCAAUUCCCUCUGUGAAAAUCCCAAGGCAAAACAAAACGUACUUGUAGAGCUCACACGGAUUGGAAAGGAAAAGAAGUUGAACGGGUUUGAAUUUAUAAAAGCUGUUCAUCUUGACCCCGAGCCAUUCGACAUGGAGCGUGACCUUCUGACCCCAACAUUCAAGAAGAAGAGGCCUCAGUUGCUCAAAUACUACCAGAACAUUGUUGACAACAUGUACAAGGGUGCAAAGUAAGCAAACUGCCUGAAGAUGGUGUUUUCUAAAUUUUAACAGCCCUAAAAAAGGAUCUUCAUUCUUCGAUGCUAUUGCCAGUUUUGGCUUUUUGGCAUCCCACUCUCUGUAUAUAUUGUUGGUUACUUGUAUAACCUUGAUGAUUAGUGCUAUACAAAUCAACAAAACUUGCAAACCGAUGUGGCACCAAUCAUGUUAAUUUAUUGGAUUUAAUUUCACUUUUCAUAGUUCUA